AUGUCGACCGCCCCCUUCAGGGUCAAGGCCCUCUUCGAAUACUCCUCCCCUCAUGAGGAUGACCUUCAAUUCCCCGCCGGCGCCGUCAUCACUGUCACUGACGAGGAGGAUGCCGACUGGUACAGCGGGGAGUAUCUAGACGAUGCAGGCGUCAAACACGAAGGCAUCUUUCCUCGCAAUUUCGUCGAGAAAAUCGAGCCCCAGGCCCCGCCUCGCCCGACCAGGACCCGUCCCAAGAAGGAGGCCGAGGUCACAUCCCCAGCAUCCGAGGCGCCACCAAUUCCUCAGCUCGAUCCCCAGCCUGCGCAAGAAGCCCACUACGAAGCCGAGCAUCCCGAGCCGCCCGCCCCAGCUGCCCUCCCUACCUCACCCGAUGCAGCUGCCGAGCUCGAGCCCGAGCCCGUAAAGGCACCCGAGCCAGUUCCUGAACCGGUCCCAGCACCUCCGGCCAACAAGGCCACUGAGCCUCCCGCAGUUACGUCGCCCCCCAUCGCGAAGGCAUCGUCAACUCCCGCGAAGCCUGGUCCGCCACCCAAGCCUUCCAGUAAUGCAUUUAAAGAUCGUAUUGCUGCAUUCAACAAGGCCUCGGCCGCCCCGAUCGCGCCCUUUAAACCGACCGGUCUGGCUCAGGGAUCCUACCACAUCAAGAAGCCCUUCGUCGCUCCACCUCCCAGUCGUAAUGCAUACGUUCCCCCGCCUUCGCAGGUUCCCGUGGCCAAGGUCUACCGCAGAGACGAAGACCCCGAGAUUCUGGAAAGAGAGGCAGAGAACCAAGAGAGUGCUGAGAAGGCUGGCACGGUCCCUGGAUCCACCGGUGAGGAGGGCGAAGAUGCACCCAAGCCAACCAGCCUGAAGGAGCGCAUCGCCCUUCUGCAGAGGCAGCAACAGGAGCAGGCGCAGCGUCAUGCAGAGGCCGCUGCAAAGAAGGAGAAGGCUAAGCGACCUCCGCCCAAGAAGCGAACCGACAGCCAGGAGGCGUCCGAGGAUGCCGGCGCUGCUGCUCCUGUUCCUGUUUCUGCGCCCGAGGCCGACACGGACGACGCAGCGGGCAGGAGCUCUGUGGACUCCCCACGUUUGCCGCCUGCGCCCCGCCGCAAAUCUUCUCGGGGACCUGCUGCCGAGACUUACCACGAUGGGAACGAAGCCGAUAUGUCUGGUGCCGGUGACACCGAAGGGCCAGAGGAUCUUACCGAACGCGACGACAGUGAUGCCGCCCCGCGUCCGGUUCCUCGACCUCGAGUCGCAUCACCUGUUGGGGCAAGCAAGGAAGACGAACGAGCCGCAGAAGAGGCCGAGGAGGAGGAGGAAGAUGACGAUAUUGACCCUGAGGUUCGCCGAAGGGAGGAAAUCCGAGCAAGGAUGGCCAAGAUGAGUGGCGGUAUGGGCAUGCACGGCAUGUUUGGAAUCCCGAUGGGUGCCCCAGCCAUUCCGAAAAAGAAGAAGACAGCCGACAGGCCAGUGGAGACCUCGGCGAGGGAGGAGCGUGAAGAGGAAAUGACGUCGCCUGUUGGCCGUGUCCCUGUGCCGGGCAUGAUGGCUUUGCCAGGAAUGGGCGUGCCCCGGCGUCAAGAGGAGCCAGCUGCCGCCGAUGAGCCUGUGCCCCCCACAUCACCGAGAGCGCCGCCUCCUCCUCCGCGAACCGUUGAGGAGAACAAUGUCGACGACGAGCCCGUUGCUGCCCCCCCUCCUAGUCUCCCUACCCGUGAGCCUUCCGGAGCACCCCCUGUUCCCGGAUCACGGCCUGCACCGCCUCCUGUGCCUGCUGAAUCCCGACCCCCACCCGUCCCUCCUGUUUCUGGAAUUAAGUCGCCCAGCGAAGGUUCCGAAUCAGACGAUGAGCUGUCAGGCGGGGCCCAGGACAUUCCCAAGGCCGAAGAAGGACGCGCGCCUCCGCCUUUGCCACCGGUUGCAACCUCUGCUCGCUCGCCGCCGCCUAUCCCUGGCUCGGAGUUCUCCCCAAGUUCGCCUACAAGUUCUACGAACAAGCGGAUGAGCAGGAUGCCGCCCCCUAUUCCUGGAGCUGCUCCUCCAAUCCCCACAUCCCAGUCGCGACCGCCCCCUCCCCCGCCUCCUGGAGGUACUCUGAGCCGCCAGUCAACGCAGGACAUGCACAUGGCUUCGCCCAUGUCUCCUCCGAUCAGACCCGCCCCCCAGGGUGAGGACGAAGAUGAAGUGACCGAGUAUGAGGGUGACUACGAUACCGACAUUGCUUCCUCGGUCCCCCAUAAAGAUGCACUCAAGUCUCAUGCGCGUGACUCCAGUCUCGAUGAUACCACAUCAGUCAUGUCACCGGUUUCUGACGCUCCCCCGACCCUGCCACCGCCCAUCCCGACUGGCCCUCCACCUAGAGCCGCUCCACCCCCGGUACCCAUGCAGCCGCCGCCAUCCGAAAAGCGCCGCUCUAUGGACGUCCCGCGCGCAGCGCCGCCGCCUCCUCCGCCGGCCAAAGACGAUGACGAGUAUGAUCCUUAUAACUAUGCUUCCUCGAAGGUCCCGUACUCUCAGCGAGCCUCGAAGAUUGAGGAGGAGGAAUAUUUCGAACAGGAUACUGCGCCUUUGCCGUCGCCUCCGCAAUCCAGAGUCCCGCCUCCUGCCCCUCCUGGAGGCCGGGCCCGUCAAUCUAUGGACCUCUCCCGAGCUUCCAUGUCACAGCGGCGCUCCAUGGAUGUGCACAGGCCGUCCACAUCUGCAGAGUCCGGCUUCAUUGCUAACGAUGUUGACCUGGCCAAACAGAGCGGAUGGUGGCGUCAGGAUAAGACGGUGCCCCCAGUGUUCCAGGGCAGAAGAGACCUUUACUAUGAGACGGUCGAUUUGACAUCGGGCUCGCAAGUCACUCGCACCAUCUACGUGCUCUUCCAGGACUACUCGCAGACAGUCAUCACAGUCGAGUAUGACCAGAACAACGCCGCAGACGUUAUGCUGGACCAGCGACAUGACCCACCGCCAAGAGCGCUGCGUCAAGACGAGCUUGAGCAGUCAUACGAGCGGUUCGGGCGGCCGAUUUUCGAAGCAGUGGCGUCUAAGAAGGAAACGAUCGUGGGCGACGGAACGCCGCAGGGUCUUAUCCAUGAACUGUUAAAGCCAUUUAACGAUGCCCUGGCGCCCAUUGGAACCAGAGCCUACGGUGCGCUUGUGUACUCCAACAUGGCAAACGCCUCGACACAGCAAAACGAUCAGAUCCGACCUGGUGACAUCAUUUCCAUCCGGAAUGCUCGCUUCCAAGGCAAGCACGGCCCCAUGCACGCCAAGUACUCAAUGGAGGUCGGCAAGCCCGACCACGUCGCUGUUGUGUCGGAGUGGGACGGCACCAAGAAGAAGGUUCGCGCCUGGGAGCAGGGCCGCGAGAGCAAAAAGGUAAAGGUCGAGAGCUUCAAGCUUGACGACUUGCGCAGCGGUGAAGUCAAGAUCUGGCGUGUGAUGCCGCGAAGCUGGGUAGGAUGGACUAGCCCGUCUUAG